AUGGGGGUGCUGGGCUGGUUGCAUCGUCCGCCGCUACUGCUAGCUGGCUCCUCGCACCGGCUGUCAGGCCCCCAGCUGGCUCCUCGCACCGGCUGUCAGGCCCCCCAGCUGGCUCACCGGCUGUCAGGCCCCCAGCUGGCUCCUCGCACCGGCUGUCAGGCCCCCAGCUGGCUCCUCGCACCGGCUGUCAGGCCCCCAGCUGGCUCCUCGCACCGGCUGUCAGGCCCCCAGCUGGCUCCUCGCACCGGCUGUCAGGCCCCCAGCUGGCUCCUCGCACCGGCUGUCAGGCCCCCAGCUGGCUCCUCGCACCGGCUGUCAGGCCCUCAGCUGGCUCCUCGCACCGGCUGUCAGGCCCCCAGCUGGCUCCUCGCACCGGCUGUCAGGCCCCAGCUGGUUCCUCGCACCGGCUGUCAGGCCCCCAGCUGGCUCCUCGCACCCGGCUGUCAGGCCCCCAGCUGGCUCCUCGCACCCGGCUGUCAGGCCCCCAGCUGGCUCCUCGCACCGGCUGUCAGGCCCCCAGCUGGCUCCUCGCACCGGCUGUCAGGCCCCCAGCUGGCUCCUCGCAACCGGCUGUCAGGCCCCAGCUGGCUCCUCGCACCGGCUGUCAGGCCCCCAGCUGGCUCCUCGCACGGCUGUCAGGCCCUCAGCUGGCUCCUCGCACCGGUGUCAGGCCCCCAGCUGGCUCCUCGCACCCGGCUGUCAGGACCCCCAGCUGGCUCUCGCACCCGGCUGUCAGGCCCCCAGCUGGCUCCUCGCACCGGCUGUCAGGCCCCCCAGCUGGCUCCUCGCACCGGCUGUCAGGCCCCCAGCUGGCUCCUCGCACCGGCUGUCAGGCCCCCAGCUGGCUCCUCGCACCGGCUGUCAGGCCCCCAGCUGGCUCCUCGCACCGGCUGUCAGGCCCCCAGCUGGCUCCUCGCACCGGCUGUCAGGCCCCCAGCUGGCUCCUCGCACCGGUUGUCAGGCCCCCAGAUGGCUCCUCGCACCGGCUGUCAGGCCCCCAGCUGGCUCCUCGCACCCGGCUGUCAGGCCCCCAGCUGGCUCCUCGCACCGGCUGUCAGGCCCCAGCUGGAUCCUCGCACCGGCUGUCAGGCCCCCAGCUGGCUCCUCGCACCGGCUGUCAGGCCCCAGCUGGCUCCUCGCACCGGGUGUCAGGCCCCCAGCUGGCUCCUCGCACCGGCUGUCAGGCCCCCAGCUGGCUCGCACCCGGCUGUCAGGCCCCCAGCUGGCUCCUCGCACCGGCUGUCAGGCCCCCAGCUGGCUCCUCGCACCGGGUGUCAGGCCCCCAGCUGGCUCCUCGCACCGGUUGUCAGGCCCCCAGCUGGCUCCUCGCACCGGCUGUCAGGCCCCCAGCUGGCUCCUCGCACCCGGCUGUCAGGCCCCCAGCUGGCUCCUCGCACCGGCUGUCAGGCCCCCAGCUGGCUCCUCGCACCGGCUGUCAGGCCCCCAGCUGGCUCCUCGCACCGGCUGUCAGGCCCCCAGCUGGCUCCUCGCACCGGCUGUCAGGCCCCCAGCUGGCUCCUCGCACCCGGCUGUCAGGCCCCCAGCUGGCUCCUCGCACCGGCUGUCAGGCCCCCAGCUGGCACGUUUCCCACGGUGAAGGCAGCAGGUCCGGGUCGAGGCGCUGCAGGCGGGGGAAGUAAUUAA